AUGUUUCCAUUCGGCAAACGAGAUGCCACCAUAUUUACCUUUUUAGCCUGGUUGAUCUUAUUAGCUGAAGCUACUUCAAUAGCAAAACCACCCGAAGCUUUUAGCUUUGAAGGGAAAGAGGUUGAAACACGCUCCCUAAUUUCUAAACGGCGCGUUUUCGACAAGACUUGCACCGCUGAGCAGCUUGAACAUUUGUCACUAUUAGCCAGACAGCUCGCUUUGCCCGGAUAUAAGCUAAUAUGGCAAAAGCCAGCUACAACUACCAAAAAUUUUAACUUCGAGACUACGAAUGAUGCCUGGAAAACGGCAUCUUUUUUACGUGAUGUCAUUUAUAUACUUGGCCCUAACGAUGAAAAGUCGUUGAUACGCUGCGAACGUCUUUAUGAUAAUGACUGCAAAGAUGGCCAUCCUACUGCUGUACAUACGUGGAAGGACACAGUAAUAUUAUGUCCCGAAUUCUGGGGGCCAGAACACAAUGGGUAUACCGAUUUGGAACAGUUCCAAUCUGUCGCUUUAUUGAGGGCGGCUAUACAGCUUCAGAUC